UGGCAAGACGCGGAGUGUUUAUGGAGAAGAAUGCUAAGGAGGACGGCCUCGAGGAAUCACGCUCAUUUCCAUGUUCCAGCCACAAGUAUAAGGGAAUCUACAGUGUAGUAGUCGAAACCAGUUUGGGUCAGGCCUCUGUCAAAUGCGACGGACAGCACGCGUACGGCCAUGUUUUGCCGCAGGGCUUUAGAUGCAUUGUCCAGAGUAAAAAACACAGAAGUUGCAAAGGCAGCUGAAUAGGGCCCGUGCGCACCGUUUCAUAAGCCUUGCAAAUGAGGUACAUUACUGGAAUGUUCUUCAUUCUGUUCUGGGCCCACGAAUCACAACGCUAAUCCAUUGCUAAAAAUGUUACGCGUUGUACAGAAGGAUGUCUCUUGCGAUGCCACGAUUCCUCCGAGUCGUACCUUGUGUCUGUGCUCCAAAGCACUAGUUCUGCAUGUACGGGACUCCCUCGGAGGUUAGUCCAUCAUACGAUAGGCAAUGCACGUGCCGGUUUCGGGAUUGAUUUGCAUAUGGGUUUGCUUACCGCUCGGCGACGGGUUGGAUGAAGGCGCCGGUACAUCCAGGGUCUUCCGCCUUCCUCAUCCAGACACGGUGAAUUUUCUACGCAGCCGUGUCCUACUGAUGAACGCGUACCGUGUGGCUAAAGUAUUGAGCUUCGAUUAGCCUCGAGAGAAAGCGAUCCCAGACCUUGUCCAAUUUGUCUCCGAAGAUUGCGGUUGUCAAACUGCGGCGCCAUAUCUUAUUGCCGCUUAGAAAAGAUGUCCGCUUUUGUACGGUAUGCCUUAUCAGAAGCUACUUCCCCCGCUAUCUGGCGUCCUUAUUUAACGACUCCUCCCUUGGUAAUGCAUUGAUGUAAAUUAUGGUACAAGCACUCCGCUAUUUUUGAGAGACACUCAGGAGCCCAAAAAACCAUCUUCGAUUGUGUCUCUCUUAAAGGUCACGUCUGGGUUCUCCGGCAAUGUCUGACGCCGGGGGGGUACAACUCCCCGUCUCCCACCACCCCUCUUUGCUCGUCUGAUUGUUGCGGGGUCUACUGCACACGCUUUUGACAAAGUACGGGCGCGGCACUAGCUGCAGGCGCCCUUUGACAGUGACUUCCUUCUUUCUUGUUUUUUGCCGCUGCACGCAACUCUCCCCCACUCGCGUCGCUUGGGAAAACGUUCUUUCUCUCCAUUUCGCGCGACAUACCCGUGAAAACCAAAAUUUUCCCAUCUUCUGCAAAAUGCCGGCCCCGAUGGUGUCUCAGCCAGCACCUGCCUUUGAGGCAGAAGCUGUGAUGGCGGAUGGAAGCUUUGGAAAAAUCUCGCUCUCUCAGUUCAAAGGAAAGAAGUACGUCGUUCUCUUCUUUUACCCCUUCGAUUUCACCUUUGUGUGCCCUUCAGAGAUCCUGGCCUUCCACCGUUUGCAUGGCGAGUUCGAGAAACGCGGGUGCCAGCUCCUCGGCGUCUCUGUCGACAGCAAGUUCGUGCACAACGCCUGGAGAAACGUGGAAUUGAAGGAUGGUGGUAUCGGAAAGAUUUCCUUCCCGUUGCUCGCCGAUGUCUCGCAUAAAAUGGCAGAAGAUUACGGCGUUCUGCACCCUGAAGGCAUGGCCUUCCGUGGCCUGUUCUUGAUCGACAAGGAAGGUGUGCUGCAACACUGCGUUAUCAACAACCUGCCUCUGGGCCGAAGCGCAGAUGAAGCCCUUCGCAUGUUGGACGCUCUUCAGCACGUUGAACAGUAUGGAGAAGUCUGCCCAGCCAACUGGAAAAAGGGGGACAAAGCCAUGAAACCCACUGCCGAGGGAGUUAAGGAGUAUCUCGGAAGCAAGUAAUCGGCUCCGUCCACUUAGGUGUGUAUGUACGCAUGUAGCCUACAUUUUUUCACACGUUUUUACUUGCAUGGUGGUACUGUCUGGAAUGAAGAUAUCACGGUAAAACCUAGUGGCGGCCAUUUCGAAGAGAAGCGUAGACUGUUGUUUUCCAAAUCGCCUGCGGCAUGCCCUUCCGAAGUGCCUUUGUAUCACAUCGUACGGGACUGCAACUGCUGAAGAUUUAUCCCGACAAUAGGGAUGUUGUUCGUGAGCAACUCCGUUUUUAUAAUAGUUAGAACGAGAAAAACCGAAGUCCCAUCUCCACGGAAGGUCGCAAUUGGAACUGUUGUCGUCACAUUCGUUGCUGGUCUGCUAACAGCAUCGUUGUUCGAGUACAUGCUGUUUCACAGGAGCCUGCAUGUCCUACCACUAUGUUUGUCGUUCAGGCUGUUAGAGACACUUAGUGGGACAAGGGGGGUGAUUUACAGCAACAAACACAACUGCUGAUCUCUAGAUUUAGUCGACACCAUGUAUGGGAAAUAAAGCUGCAGAUAUCUGGUGUUAUGACCGAACACCGCUGUAACAGGACCAGCAGCCACCUUCUACAGUGCUGAGCAUACUCGUAUGCGAGUCGUAUCUUAUUUAUGUUGCAUGUACAAGUGCGUUCAACGUUGUGGCAGGUUUGAUACUGUAAGAGUUUAUCGGACUGCACCUCUUUCGUGAAGGGUCUGCCUUUUUUG